UUGCCUCCGCAUCAGGAUUCUUUGAACCAGCCAUCAUGGCUGACAUGAAAACGGGCAUCUUUGCGAAAAAUGUCCAAAAGAGGCUGAACAGGGCACAGGAAAAGGUGCUUCAGAAACUAGGCAAAGCUGAUGAAACAAAAGAUGAACAGUUUGAAGAGUAUGUUCAGAACUUCAAACGGCAAGAGGCAGAAGGUUCCAGACUUCAAAAAGAGCUCCGGGGAUAUUUAGCUGCAAUUAAAGGCAUGCAAGAUGCUUCCAAAAAGCUUACAGAGUCUCUUCAUGAAGUAUAUGAACCUGAUUGGUAUGGGCGAGAAGAUGUGAAAAUGGUUGGUGAGAAAUGUGAUGUGCUUUGGGAAGAUUUUCACCAAAAGCUGGUAGAUGGGUCAUUACUAACUUUGGAUACAUAUUUGGGACAGUUUCCUGAUAUAAAGAAUCGCAUUGCAAAGCGGAGCAGGAAGCUAGUAGACUAUGAUAGUGCAAGACAUCAUCUGGAAGCUUUGCAAAGUUCAAAAAGAAAAGAUGAAGGGAGAAUUUCUAAGGCAGAAGAAGAGUUUCAGAAAGCACAGAAGGUAUUUGAAGAUUUUAACACUGAUUUGCAAGAAGAACUACCAUCUUUAUGGUCAAGGCGCGUGGGCUUCUAUGUGAACACAUUUAAAAAUAUCUCCAGUCUUGAAGACAAAUUUCAUAAAGAAAUAGCUUUGCUCUGCCACAAACUUUAUGAGGUGAUAACUAAAUUGGGAGAGCAGCAUGCUGACAAAGCCUUCACAAUCCUUGGGGCACCCAGCGAUUCUGGUCCACUCCGAAUUGCAAAAACUCCAUCACCACCUGAAGAGGCUUCCCCACCACUUAGUCCUGAAGCUAAUGCAAAUCAUACAUUGGCAACUCCGAGUUCUCCAGCACCUACACGUCCUAAAUCUCCUUCACAGCUGAGGAAAGGGCCUCCUGUCCCACCACUGCCUAAACUCACACCAACAGUAGACAUGCAACAAGAAAAUAUCAUCAGUUUAUUUGAUGAUAACUUUGUUCCAGAAAUAAAUGUGACAACCCCUUCUCAGAAUGAAGCUCCUGAUGCUAAAAAAGAAGAGUCUUUGUUAGAUUUGGACUUUGAUCCUUUCAAGCCUGAUAAUGCAUCUACUGUGGUAACCCACUCCCCAAUGUCUCAGACGCUACCUUGGGAUCUGUGGACGAGCAAUAAUGAGGUGGGGCAGCCGGCAUCAAGCAAUGCUUUUAAUGGAUUUGCACAGGACACCUCCCUGUUUUCAUUGCAGCUAAGUCAGGAUAUUCCAGAUAGUAAGGCUGAAGAAGAAGCUCCAUCUUUGGGAAUCCAGGCAGAGGAAAACAGCAAUAUGGCUGUUUCUGAUGCAAAGUCAGAAGCACAGGCCUUGGAGACUGAUAAGUCAACAGCUGAAACUGUGAUGGACUCAGUAAUUGAAGGUGCUACUGAAACUGAGUGUGUUGAUGCCACUUCUACAAAUGAAGGUGGUGAAGUUGCUAUUACUGAUGAAAUAGCAGUUACUGAAAGCAGCAUAGAUUACAUUGAAGGAAAAGCAGACGACACCCAGGUACUACCAAAGCAGGAACCUUUUUUUCCUUUUUUCCUUCCAGCAGCAGCUAUGCCGGCUUUGUCCUUAAGGCAGUGCCAUCUGGAUGUUCCCUUCAUGGAGCCUUUCACCUUCCUUUUUUCUUCUUCUAAGGACAACCUUAGUAGCAUCCCAUCAGUAGUUAUAGAGCCUGCCUCAAACAAUGAAGAUGGAGACAAUCAUGAAAUACAAGUAACUGAAUCUAAAGAUUCUAUGGAAGAAGUUGCUAAUCAGAAAACUGAAGUACCCACUGUUGAAUCUUCGGAUGAUAUAAGUGAUCCAACAAAUGUAAUAGAAGUACAGCCCGCAUCUUCUGAGAAGCAGCCUGCAGCAACAGAUGACAUGCCUCCCGGCUUCCUCUAUAAGGUUGAAGCUCUGCAUGAUUUUGAGGCGGCCAACAGUGAUGAACUGACAUUGGAAAGAGGCGAUAUUGUAUUGGUAAUCCCAUCAGCAGCAGAAGCAGAUCAGGAAGCAGGUUGGUUAACAGGCAUUAAGGAAAGCAAUUGGCUUCAAUAUAAAGAUGCAUCCACAUACAAGGGACUGUUCCCUGAAAACUUCACCUGUCGUUUCGAAUAAUUCCCAGCUCCAGAGGCAACAUCCUCAUAGGAAGCUCAGUUUGAACAUCUCUAACAUAUAGAAGUCCAUAGUUGAGCCAUCACUUCAGACAAAAUUCAGCUGAAGCACAUCAAAUGAGCAUGAUUGCAAGAAAUUAAAAGCUAGCAUAUUCUGAAAUAGUAUGGGGCGGGGAAGUACUUAUUUGUUCACAUAUAUAUGGCAACAGGUUUGUUUGUACUUUGUCAGAGCUAUGGUGAUCCUAUAACUUGACCUUUCCCCAUGCAAAUGAGUAGGCUCCUCAAUACCAAACCUUAACUUUUCUGUACUAACUGUAUUGAAUUGAGUUGCUGCACUGCAGAAGACUUAAUUAGUAAUCCUGUAGUACUGAAAUCAAAGUAUUCUAUUUUCAAUGUAUUUUGGGGGGAAAUCUGCCGCAAAAAAAAUCCAUGUUAUUUUCUUCUAUAUGUAUGUACAUAUACAGAGAUACCUGCGUGUUGUAUGCAUACAUAGCACAUAAAAAUUCUAAGAAACUAACCUGCAGCACAAGUUAUUGAUGACAUUAAAUAGCAAACAUUUGACAUGAAAUCAGGAAAAACUGGAGAACAUGUGUAAUUGUUAAACUUAGGAAACUAAUAGAGAGUUAUUACAGAGGAAGGGUAAUAUGCAUUAGAAUCACUUUUAUCCCCUUUGAAGGUUGGCUAUCAACUGAUUUUAUGCAUUAGCAAAUAUCUUAUCUAUUAUAGUCAUUAUUUAAUGUAGAACCAUUCAAACAUUUGCUCUUAUUAUCAGGUAUCAAUAGAGAAUUCUGUUGCAAAAGAAAACUAGCUACAUCAUUACCAAAAUAUUGAGUAGUAAACUAUGCAUUUGUAAUGCAAAAUUAUCAUUUCAAGCAUUAUAAAAAAGCUACCAAACUCAUUUUCAAAGCAGUUGAAACACAAGUGAAGGCAUGGCUCGUUCACCUCUACAUUAUCUAUCUACUAUAGAUAAGGAUGAAAUUAUUCUGGCAAGCAAACGAUAGUGGUAGAUUUUGCAUUUUUAAAAUGUCUGGAUGAAUAAAUACAUUUCAGAAUUAAGUGAAGAUUAAUUAAGGUAACAUAUUUUCACAGUAUGCAUUUAUCCAACAUAUAUUCAACCAUCCUUCAAAU